GGAAUGCCGACCAGCGACGCGAGGCGAUGGGCCGGCGCAUGCUCGGUGCGCGCAGGAGCGUCAGCGCGCAGGCUUCUCGCAGCUGUUAGGUCGCGCAGAAUGUCGGAGCGGAGAGCGGGCACUUGGGUCGUGUGGGGCCAAGCUAAAGCAUAACACCUUUCCGAUCGAGAGGGCACUGUCGUCUCCCCGCGGGGGCGCGGCGCGGCACCGCACCCCGCCUUCCCAUCCCCCCGUCUUUAGAGAGCCGCGUGAGGGAAGGAGGUGGGCACCCGCAUGCCGGGCAGGCCCUGGGUUUUCACACGCACGCCUGGCGCCAUUACCCGUGCGUCCGCAGCUCGCCGUCGCCCCGCACUCCGCCGCCUUCCCGAGGUGCACCGGCCGGGCGCCCAGAGCCGCGGGGAGGGAAGGAGGGGGUGAGGGCGGCACGUGAUCGGCAUGGCGUGCGAGAGGCUGCGGGCUUGCGGGCCGUGCAGAAGGCGCCCGGAGCCCGUCGGCUGAAGAGCGGUGGCGAUCGCAUCGCAGAGAGCAGGAGAGGUGGAAGAGCAAAGGAAGGGAGAGAAGGUGAUGCCGCGCAGGGAGGAGUAAAUCGGCGAUAAUGGCGAACGUUGGGCGAGCUGCAGAAAUUAGCACCUAGAGGUUACCGCCCUUCUGCAGCCGUGGGAUUGUGGGAACCGAGGGAGCCCUCCACUUUCUCGAAAGGGUUUGCAGGGUGUUCCAAAAAGCCAAAUCUCAGCCAUUCACGCCGAGAGCGAGGGUGGGGGUGGUAGUUUUAGGGGCAACAAUAUCCACACAGCCAUUAUAGGGAAAGCAGGUGUACACAUACAGGGUCUGAAUUAUCAUCGAGGCACGGUGGUUAAAGAAAGAGAGCGGCGAAGCUUGCGCGUAUCCGUGGAUUUAAAAAAAAAUCUGGACGAUUAACACGGAUCGGGUGUGGGUUUACAGAUACCGGACGAGAGCAGCGGCUUGUUUUCGCACGAGAGGCACCUUAAACUUGCGGCUUAAGAUGGCAUUGGUGAACCUCAGCAACGUCUGGCUGAUGGCUAAUGAAACAAGGAAAACUACUAAAUACACACUUUUUCUGGCAAGUGAUCUUCGGUGGUAUCUUAUGGGCCUCUCUUGACGACAGUUUUGGAUAUCUCAUACUCGUUUUCGGUCUCUCACUUUUUCUCUUUGAUUUUUAACUUUAAAAGAACAUGGAGAAACAGCAGCCAGAACACACAGAACAAGAGAGCAAUGCCCCAGCAAACUCUGGCACACCUGCUGCAUACUUUGUCCUUGUUAAGAAGGCUGGUGGCAGCAGUGGUACUGAACACAGCAUGGUCGUGGCAAAGCAAGAACUUGGGGGUAUCGGUUGCCUUCUGGAAAAAAGUAACAGAUUGAUGCCAGGGACAGCCAGUCAUCCAUUUGAGUGCCAUUCUGGGAAUGUUUGUGUCACUUUAGAGAACCAGGAAAUGUGGAAUCAAUUUUACAAGCAUGGCACAGAGAUGGUUCUAACAAAACGUGGCCGGCGCAUGUUCCCCUACUGCAGAUUCUGCAUCUUGGGCCUAGAUUCUUUGAAGAAUUACAUCUUGGUAAUGGAUAUUGCUCCCGUUGACAACCAGCGCUACAAAUGGAAUGGUCAGUGUUGGGAAUUAAAUGGUAAAGCAGAACCUCAUGUUCUUGGAAGGGUGUACAUUCAUCCCAAUUCACCUUCCAGUGGGAGCUACUGGAUGAGGCAACCCAUAACCUUUCAUAAAUUGAAACUUACCAAUAAUACUUUAGAUCAAGAAGGUCACAUCAUCCUUCAUUCCAUGCACCGGUACCUGCCACGUUUGCAUAUCAUCUCUGCUGACAAGUCAACUGAUGUAAUUUCCCUCAGUGGCCCAAAUGUGCACACCUUCACUUUUCCACAGACAGAGUUUGUGGCUGUAACUGCUUAUCAGAACAUAAAGAUCACUCAGUUGAAAAUAGACUUCAAUCCAUUUGCAAAGGGUUUUCGGGAUGAAGGGCUGAAAAGUAAGCCAACGCGAGAGCUGAGGCACCAAGGCAGUGAAUCGAUGGAUACUGGUUGCAGUGAUGAUUCUGCCUCAUGCAGCAGUGUUGCAACUGAAUCCAGUGACCAUUUAAGAUUUAAAACUGAAGAAGAGUCUCAAAUGGAGACUGAACACAGAGAAAAGCAAGGUAAUACCCAUAAAUUUCCAAACUCCAGUUUGGAUGGAGGUUUAUCUAACACUGAAGAUGAAGAUUUCCUGGAAGAAGACGUACCAAAAAUAAACAAUCCUUGUGGAGAACAAAGAAACAUGAAGAAGAGGUCAACUGAGAGCAUCUUGAAAUGUCUCCCUAAUAUUUAUUCAACAUCGCCUGAAGACCAUGAAGAGCCUUUUAAUAUUAUUGUCAAGGAAGAACCUCCAGAUGACUAUGAGUACAAUUGUGCAGCAAACUCAGUGGACCUUGAUUGUGGUGAACUAAAAUGUAAAGAGGAGGAGGAAUAUUUAGAACCAGAGGAACAGCAUGACAAGACUAAUUGUGAAUUAAUUAAUAAAACUAUUGACAAAAAUGAAGAGGAUGCAACUUCACCUGCAGUUAGUAAGCCGCCAUUGAAAAUUCCGACAGAAGUAGCACCUAAAGCUAAAAUGCGGCAAAGCAUUAAAGUGCCUGUAGUUUACUUGGAACCAUGUAUUAUUACAAAAGGUACCAUAAAAGUAUCUGAAAUACCACAGAAGCUGUUGUCUCCUUGUCGGAGGAGUGGAGGGCCUCUGCCUACCGUUGUCCAUUCUCCAGUGUCAGCAGAAAAACGUACUUGCUCACCGAGCUCUGCUGAGAAACCUGAAAUGGAGAAUGUGGACUCAACAUCAGAAUGCUCAAAGCGCAAAGAGAGAAGCCCUGCGUCAGAAAGGACUGAAAAUAAACCCCACAUCUCUACGGAUGAAAAUAUUCCAACUGCUUCACAUAGUACACUCUUUGGGAAGUCGUCUGGAGAAGGCUUCAGAUUUCGUAAGAUUAAAUAUACUGAAAAAGCACUGAAUUCCACCCUUUGGAUGCCUUUAAGCAGACCGUAUCUUAAUUCUACUGAGAAUUCUCCUGUGUUAUCCAAUUGCUUUAAGUCUGCACGUUUGUCUAGUAAGGCAUUCAGUUCUGGGAUCUGGAGACCUCCAGAUGGUAGGACUUGCUCUACAGGGGGGACCUCUGUGCCUCGCACCAAUUGCAAAUCUUCACCUAUGUCGGCACAACAAGCCAUAGCGGGUGCUUGCAGACGAAGACGGACAAAAAAGCUGCGGCUGUCUGCGAAAUCUUCCCAUUCUGUCUUGGGAAUGAGUUCUUUGGCAUCCUCUAAACAUCUGGAACGGGAAAAAACAUUUCAAGAUGCCAGUCCCGAUCUGGAUGAUGUGGAAGGUGUUACCUUUGUGUCAUAUGCAUCUCAGGAUGCCCUACAGUCCCACCUGGUUGAAAAGGUGCCGGAAGAACAGAGCAAUUCCAUCUCUCAGAUAGCAGAUCCUCAAGAAACUGAAGAAGAGAAAAUUCAACGGCUGGAAGAGCAGCUGCUUAAGAACCUGUCUCAUUUAAAUCCCAGAGUUAUUAUGCAUCCAUUACUUGAACAAGCUGGUCUUAAGCCAAGUUCCUUGCUGUCAACAGGCAGUCUGAACCUAAAACACUUAGGAGUGGUAAUAUCACCCUCAGCAUCAAUUGUUAGAACUGCUCAGAGAGACAUCUUAAAACCUUCUCCAAUCAGAGAAGUUCGUGAUCCUUUAGAAGACGUUUCCUUUGUUUCAAGAACAGGAAAAACAAAUGACUUCACGAAGCUGAAGGGCUGGAAGCACAAGCUUGCACAACAGUCAGAGUCUUCUACUUCCAAGCAGGUUGAAGCAAGCACCAAUUUAGAGGCAUCCAUGAAAAAUCGUUCUGUUUUCUCAAGUGACAAAUUGGAUGAAUAUCUAGAAAAUGAGGAGAAAAUUAUUAAAGAGCGUGCUGCUCUGUGUAUGAACAAAACAUCAAAAGUUGUUUAUGAAAUGCCUACCAAAAGUUCCAGUUACAUCCGCACAUUGGAUAGUGUUUUAAAACACCAGACAACGCAAGCCAACACUAGAGAGUCCUCCUCAUCCAGUCGAACUUCAGUUUCUCCACAGUCCGUUCCUGCUGGCUCUGUUUCCAAAAGCAAGAAGCAGAGUGGGAUGAUCAUAGAACAUGACUCGGCCAGUAAGGAGCAGAGGUCUGUAAACGUGGCAAAAGUAGCCUCAACACCAGCUAAAUCACCGGCUAAAAGCUCCCGUUUGCGGUUCUCCUCUGCAUCCAGGAGACUUCCUGGUAUAUCUAAAAAACAGAUGAAGUUGAUGCAUCUGGAGAAUAGUGCCCUCUGGUCUGGGAAGCCAAGGACUUACAUUACAGAGGAGCGAGCAGAGGCAUCCCUUGUUACUCUGUUAACAGCACAGGGUUCACUGUCAUCACGGAAACGUAAAAUGGUAUCUAGACAAGUGCCAAUGUGUAAGAAUGAAUUCUGUCGUUUGGGCUGCAUAUGUUCCAGUCUCUCGCAUGUGAAGCAGCCGCCUAGUCAUUGCCGCAAACCAAAGUGCAUGCUGACUUGUAAAUGUCCGAAGCAGAAGGUGCUGGUGCUAAAGUCAUUUGGGAGACGUAAAAAGCAGAUGAACAAAGCCCUCAGAGAAGAUUUAAUAUUCUAUGAUGCAUUGGCAGAAGAUGAAGAUUGGAAACCAAGAGCCAAAAAGAGGAAAAGGAAGAAGAUGGUUGAAUAUGCAAUUCCUGCACCAGAACAACCUAAACGUUCUUAUCCUAUGUGGGUUCGCGAGGAGGGGGAAGUAGACCCUGAGCCAGUCUAUACUGCACCUCACAUAGAAACUUGUCAUGAAAAUAAAUCUCAGUCAUUGCCAGUACAGUCAACUCCUGCAAGUUCACCAAAGCUCUCUGAGGUUGAUGAGAAGGGUCUUGUGUACUGGUAUUUUGAGAGUAUGAUGACCUGUGCACGUGUUCGUGUCUUUGAACGCAAGGAUGCUGGAAGAUCAUUAACCUGCACUUGCAGUCCUACACAAUGCUGUAAAGAGGGAAACAGUAAAGUAAAUAACAAUUGGGGAGUUGAGGCAUGCAAGUUAAAGUGCUGCAGUGACUGUAAAUCCAGCAAAGAAUUAGAUCCUGAGAAAAUGGAUGAUUUGGAGGACAGUUCAACAUCACCAAAUGGUGUUCAGAUGUGCAAAUGGAAGACAAAGGAGAAGACAGAUUCACCUUUACCCUGUAACAGUCCUCAAGGAGAAAGUUCCAGCUUUCAUCCAAAAGAGCCACCAUCAUCAGCGCAGAUAAAAAAUACAUCCAAACUCAUUGAGAUUAUUUCAGAUUGUAACUGGGAAUCCGAACGCACAAAUAUUCUUGAAGUUCUUGCUCGAUAUACUGCUAAUAAGGGAAUUUCGGAGAAAAUACGAAUUGGCAAUUUCCUUGUUGAAAUUGCAUCAAAUCGUGGAAAAGGUCUAGAUGGUCCACCUGGAAGUACACACAUUUCUAGUUCCAUAGUAAAGAUUACUCAGCCUGCUGAUAAAGAGGAGGAUGCCAAAACCUCGGGUUGCAAUAUAUCUGUUCAAACUGCUUCCAAAUCUUCUGGACUGAAGCAGUCUGACCCACGACCAAUUGCACCAAAAGAAAAGUUACGAAUACCUGCCAACAGUAUUUUGGGGAGCAAGGAGAUAACCAUAAUUCAAUUAGGCUCGACAGUGGCUAGGCUGCAGAAGGCUGCUUCUGAUUCAACUGCUCGGAAAAAUGGUUUGAUGCAGUUUACCAGAAAUACCAGUGGUGAUACAAAGCUGACACUAGGACAGGUUGGAGCUCUUCAUCCAGUGAAUUGGGUGAUUUCUAACCUCAAAAAGAAUGUAAAGUCAGCUGAUCCAGUCAGAUGGUUCACUUCUAGUAUGGCUGCCUCAUCAAUCUCUGCUGAUUUACCCUCAAAACACGUGACUACUUGUUCUACAGACCCUGCCAGUGAAGUUUCAAGAGAUGCCAGUAAUGCUGUGCCUUUUGACCAGGCCAAAGGGAACUGUACUGCUCCUGACAACUACACUCAUCUUGUAAUAAAUAAAGUUGGAGAUGUAGGGAAAACGAAAUCAUGUUUCAGUUCAUUGGAACCAGUGUCCAGUAACCAGCAGCUUGGUACUCUAUUAUGCAGAGUCAACAUGAAUGCGGCAGCAGGUAUUCCUCCAUUAAUAACUUGUACAUCAGAAAAGAGCACUUCAGUUUGUACAGUAAGCACAAAUGCUGGAUCCCAUUUAUUUAAGAGCUUUGAGACUACAGUUGCAGACGAGUCACAAUUCUGUGGAAUCCCAGAAGCAAUAAGAAUUGGAGAAGAGAGUAUUGUAACUGCUAGCACAGUUGAAACUCCAGCAAAAAGUUCUACUCUUGCUGUUAUAUCUGCAAGUGUUUUAGGAGUGAGAACAACACAAACAUUAACAAAAUUGAUUCUCCCCAGUACUUCUACCUCAACAACAACGAUUCUGUCAAUGGCAAACAACUCUCCAGGGUUAUCUAAACAUCCUGAAACAUCCAACUCUACCCCUGAUUUGCCUAAAGCUACAAAAACUGAAGGAUCGCAGCUCAUUUCGUUACCAGUGCAGUCUGGCCUUCCUGUCCGGCCUGUCCAGAACCUGCAGCUCACACCUGGGCAGAAGGUGAUACUGCAGCCCCUCAGAUAUCCAGUUGGGAAACUCUUCCAACACCCAAAUGGCCAGAUUAUCCAACUUGUACCUUUGGCAAAUUCUGGUACAGUAAGUCAACCAAAUCUCCACCAAAUGAUCACACUUGCUGUACGGAAUCCAGGCUCAGUGAGUGGAAUCUGCUUACCUACCCCUUCACAAUCUUCUUCAGCUUUACCUCCCAUUCUGCAUCCUGUAUCAGGAAUACCAACAAGAGGAAGGCCAUGCUCUAUUCCUGUUAAAAAAUAUAUUCGUGUCCCAUUGAAGCAGAUCUCUGCUACUCAGUCCAUUUCCCCAACUGUAUUGGAGGUUCCGGUAGUGAGUACAUCACAGGCAAAGUUUAUAACUGUUAAUGACCUUGGUCAAACUAUCAAUCCAAGGCACCUUGUUCCCCUUCAGCCAAUGGGACUUGCUCUAUUGCAGCUGCCUCCAGGGCAGAAAAAUGUGCCAAGUGCCAUUAUAACCACUGAAUGGCCAUUGAAGUUUGUGAAUCCACCAUCUAAUUCGCAGUCACCUAAAAAAGCAGAUUCCAAGAUGGCCAACCAGGAUGGCAAUUUGGAAGAACAGUUGAUUGAACCUGAGGAGAUUCAUGUUGCAGACUCUGACCUUAUUGAAACAACGGUGUCUGAAUGUGUACCAGACGAGGACAAUGGGAAUGCCUACCCACUGACAGAAGUUAAACAGGGGACUGAGUGUGAUGUACUUCCUUCGACACCUUCAGUCAGUGAGGUGGAUGAUGAGUUGGAAGAUGAUUCUACAGACCAUCAAAAUGCAUUAGAACACAUUAUCCCAGCAGAGUUGGUUGACCAUUCAUAUACUAGUGAAAAGCAGAUUAUGGAAGAAGGUAGAAAUGAAAACUCUUUACUGGAGAAUUCUAUAACAACUGAAAAAGGAAGUGUUGAUAAAGAUACUUCAGAAUCUUGCCAUGAAGUGGUUGAUAACGAGCCAGAUGAAAGAGCCAACUGGGAGGAGAAAAAUGGGGUGCAAGAUGAACAAAUGGAAGUGGAGACAGAAGAAAAGGAAAGUUGGUAUGAAACAGCUCCAUUUAAAGGGGAAGAGGAUACCCUAAAAGAUGAAGAAAAUGAUGAAAUAAACUUUGAUCCAACUUUGCUGCAAUAUGCCGACAUUCAUACAGAAUCUGAUAAAGAUACAGACUCUCAGAGUGACCUGGAGGAUGGUGACAUUCAAACUGACGCAGAGGAAAUUGAUGUUGAGAAAAUGUUUGAUUCAACUUCCAGUGAAGAGGCAGUGGACAUUGAGACUGUGGAGGAACUCUCCGAGAAAAUCAACAUUGCUCGCCUUAUUGCUUCUGCCUCCCACCAUCAUAAAAGGAAAACAAAAUGCCAUUUCCACAACCCAUACCUUACAAGAAAAUCCGAAGAGGAGUACACCAAGCCCAAGCUAAAAUCCAGUGCUCAUAUCAGUAAGAAAGCCAAAGCUCAGCUGGAUGCCCUGGUAUUAUAUCGAACUACACACACAGUCAACGAGCGGCGGAGGCGUUCUAAAAUUCGAGACCUCUUUGAAAGGCUGAAGAAAGUGUUGGGACUUCGUAGGGAGGACAGGGCUUCAAAAUACUUAAUCCUGAAAAAGGCAUUUUCAGAAAUCCAGAAUGCGCAGGAUUAUUCUGAUUGCUUGUCAGCUGAGAAAAGUAUCCAAACUCGCAGAAGGGAUUCACUUAUUCGAAAAGUCUCUCAACUGACAGGGAAGACUGAGGAAGUUAUUUUAAAGAAACUGGAAUAUAUUUGUGCAAAACAGAGGGCACUUGAUGCUGAGAAGAAAAAGCUCACACAGAAAGCAGAUGACACAAGAAAAAAGCGCUCCAAAGGUUGGAAUGCAGGACUUAGUUCAUCAAUGGACUCUCUCCAGAAGGUGGCCAUGGAUUUGCGGAACCAGAAACCACCCAAUGUCGUUACGCAAACUAGUGAACAGGAGAGGCCCAAAACUGGUACUAGAAAACCUCUUAUUCUCACCAGGAAACGAUCAUCAACAGCUUUGGAUUCUUCAACCACUUCCAUCCCCGUGACAGGUGGGAAUUUGCUGAUGACUCCACAGGGUCAGGUUCUGACUUUAAAGGGCCCUCUUAUUUCUGGCCAGACUUCAUUCUUUACUGCUGAGGGACUCCUUAGUGAAAACCAGUCCAAGGGAGAUGAUGUUACUGGAACAAGUAUUGCAGGCAUUGCUUCAGUUACUGUACAACUGCAGGGGUUACCAGCUCCACUUCAGGUAAACAGUUUUGCUAUUGCGGGAUCACUCAGUUCUGACCAGUCAGCAUCUGCACAGUUGAGCACCAAACCAGGGAUGGAGGCUGUAAGCUCCGAUUCAGCAGAUAUGAGGCAAGGGAACAAUGCCAAAUCGAAAGCUCCAGCAGGUUCAGUUGGUGAUGAAGCUCCUUCAUUCAUGAUGCCAAGAAUAGUAAAUGUAACCUCGUUGGCAACUGGGGAAGCCCCACUAAUGAGUAUAGAGGACAUGAAUAAUUCCUAUGCAUUUGAUACUCAGCCUCUUGACUUCAGCAUGAAAGGGAGGAAACGACGUAUAUUGCAGGAACGGCUAAGUCUUACAACCAGUAAAAGAUCAAGUUUGUCCAUUGUGAAGAACAGCUCUCAUCCAACUGGGAAGUCUACUGUACCUGAUGAAAGUGAGGUCACGUCAUGCCCUUUUUCAUCUGAGGCUGAAGAAUCCGUGUGUGCCCAAACACAGCAGAUUGUAGCAUCUCAUUCAGUGGAUGCGGACAAUAUCAGUGAGUUGCCCAAAGCACUGGAUUUGUCUAGCUUGCCUGACGGAACUGCAAUAUCUUGCACAGGGCAGGCUUGGACUCAGGAAGCGGCUCCAGGUGAGUCAUCGACAGUAACUGAAAUAAUGCUUGGAGAUAAAUUGGAACUGCAGGUAAUAGGUGGCCGAAUGCAGACGUGCGGCAUAGAUAAAGCUGGGCAGAGUGACAGAGAUGCAGAACUGUCCUCGUCUCAGCUCCUUGAACCAUUAUUGAAAGCAAAUGGCUCAGCAGCUGGUGACAUGGUGGAUACUGAGGGUUAUGAGCCAUUCACUUCUCUUUUAAAUGAACUUGCAUUUUUAAAUCAACAGUUCUCCGAUGAAGAAAAUCCAGAUGUCUCUUCUGUGUCGGACCACAAUGCAUUGGGCUUUAUUGACAGUGGAAACCAAGGGGACAGCAUGGAUGAAUUGUCAUUGAUCCAUGGACCAGUACUGGUGGAUAUUGACAGUACUGAUGGAACCACUGAACUAAAGCAGGUGGCAGGGAGGGAGAGCGGUGGCUCCACCAGCCCACUGGUGUUGCAGCUAGAAGAAGAAGACUUGAACGUUGAGCAGUUUCUUGGCAAUGAAAUGCCCGUAGACUCUCAGAGUGAAUUGGAUAAUGGCACACUGGAAUUGGAGGGCAACUCUAUUAGUGGUUCAAGCAGUUCAGUAAAUAUUUCUCCUCCCCCACUCAUCCAUAUGAAAGCAACCACCUCUUCAGCAAACACAGGGAUAUCAAGUUCUUUGGAUAUGCUUUGGAGACCAAUGCCUAAGCUGGCACCCCUUGGCAUUGCUUGGGGAGCUGGGAAAGGUGUAUCAUCAGUACAGGUUGAGUCAAGGUCUGAGGAUUCUCCAGAAACUAACAAACCAAUGCCUGCUUUGGCACGGAUCUCUUCCCCACAACAAAACAGCAUGGGGGGUCCAGAGUUUGCUUCAGGAGAACACUAGUACUUUUUUUUUUUGCUUCUUAUCAUCUCAUAAUUUUACAAAUCUCUCCAAUGGGGAGUUGAAAUAUGAAAUUAAGCUUUCUUUGGAGGUCCAUGGUGAUCAUGCACUGUGUUAUUAAAAUAAUAAGUUCAGUUUUGGUUAAUGGAUCUGAUGUACAGUUUCUGGCUUUUGUCCAUCAUGAAGUUGCACAGAUCACGGCAAAACACUGUAGUCUAUAAUUUCUAGAUAUUCUUAGCUAGAUCUUGCCUAGUGGAAUCUUCCAUUUCAGUCAUUUCAGGAUCUUGUGCAGUUUUCAGCCUAACCACCUUAAGCAUGAAGAUUCCAAGCAUAACUUUUUGGGGAGGUAUAUGUAACUUGUAUAAAUGAAAUUUUGAGCUUUGCUUUCCAGAGCAAUCAUUGAACUGUAGUACAAACUGUCCUUUUCUGUGUUUUGGUAACCUAUUGUUCCGAAUGACUGAACGGUUAGUGUGUUUUAAAUGCACCAAACCUACCGUUUGAAUUUCUUAAUUUUGGAACAGAUGAAAUUUAAAUAGUGUACGUCUUAAAACUAAUGAAGAUGAAUUAUGUUGUGCAGCACAAAAUAGAGGGACAAAAUCUAAUGUCUGGUGUGUAUUAAAAGAUGUGUAAAUACUAUAUUUCACUAUGGUUUUUAAAAUAUGUAGCAGAAACUUAAGUUUUUUUUUGUUUUGUCAAGAUCUCACUAUUUUUUUAGAUAAUUCAUACUGCAUACACAGCCCUCGUUAGAACCUCCUGUGGUAAGAGGGCAUGUGUGGCCUUGCAAUAAAACAGGUAAAAUCAAUAUUUUGUGUUACAGUCAUUUUACGCAUUAUUGUUCUGUAUCAGGCGCUGCAAUGAAGGGAGUUAUUAGACAAGGAAUUGCUUAAUUGCCUUUUCAUGAUUGUAAUUUUGCCUUCGCAUUGUCUGUGGAAGUCCCAUUUAAUUUCAUGGUUUACAGAACUUCCACUGUGUAACACUAUGCCGUCUCAAUUUCAGCUUGGUGUAUCUUGCCAGUCUUGAAAAUUUCAGCAGUUGUCACUGAUUAUUGAGUUCGUAACAUAACAAUGGUCAGUAAAAUGAGAUGCUUUGACCAACAGCAACAGACUGGAAUCUCAAGUCUGGGAAACUGAGAGUGAUCUUGACUUCCACGGUUGAUCAUGCGUCUAAGAUUGUAUUUGAGGUUGCAGGAUGUCCCAGAUCUUGGCAAGAGCAAAGAAAGCCACUUAUUUGUUAACAAUUUAAAUAGAAUGAUUUCAGGAGAAAAUUGGAUUAGUAAAAUUUUAUUCUGUGUCACUUCUAGAUAAGGGGAAGUUAAAAAUCAUCUAGAGACAAAUAGGGGCAGGAAAAGGGCUUGACCAACAAAGAUCCCACGAAAAACUCAAAUUGAAGUUUCUAAUGUAGGGGAUCCUAACCUUUUUGAUGUCAUGAACCCCUCCCAUUAACCAAGGGGUUAUGGACCCAGGUUGGAAACCCUUCUUCUAAUGGGUGCUGACCCUGAAUAAAUGUAUAAUUCUCCGCCCUGGGAGCUUUGAAGACAUUUUGCAAAAGUUUUCAUAUAAAUUCUGACUGGGAGUGGAUGACUUCGUCACUGUUGAAGUUUAUUCCAAAUAUGAAUUAGGGGACAUUGCCUCAAGAUUCAGCGGAGAAGAUUUAGGAUGGCGAUGAGGAGAAACUGUUUUUCCCAGAGAGUGGUGAAUCUGUGGAAUUCUCUGCCCAGGGAAGCAGUUGAGACUUCUUCACUAAAUAUAUUUAAGAUACAGUUAGAUAAAUUUUUACAUAGUAGGAGAAUUAAGGGUUAUGGGGAAAAGGCAGGUAGAUGGAGCUGAGUUUACGGACAGAUCAGCUAUGAUCUUAUUUUAUUUUAUGAGGGGGCAGGCUGAAUGGGCCGGAUAACCUACUCCUGCUAUUUCUUAUGUUCUUAUGAUGCUGCAAUCAAAUCAUUAUUCACUUAAUUAAGUCUCCAUCUGUUUUUUUAAAAUAAUAAACCUUUUCUGUUAAUCCCACCACUUCCUAUCUCCCAUACCCAGUCCUUCCACAAUCUAGGCUAUGAUUAAUCCAUAGCCCCAUUAAGACCAAGACCCAAAACAAAUUAGAACCUACUGUACAAUAUUAUAGUCAAAUUUGAAGUGUUAUUUGAAAGUAUUGCUUUGUUUCUUUCAAGAAUAAUAGAAAUAUUUCUUCCAUUUCUUUGAUCAAGAAUUCCAACUAAUAAGUUAUUGAAACAUUUGGCAUAGGUGCAAUUUAUUCUUUAAAACCCUGCACUUUGUUGUAUGCUUUUCUGUUGAAGAUUCAUGCUGUAAUUUGUGAUUCUCUAAUAUAAUUUAGUUUCAACCUCAGAUGACAAGGACACAUUUCUUUGAUAAUAUCUAUCUGCAUGCAACUAAGUAACUUGAUAGAACCACCAUGUCUAUUUGUAUAAGCACGUUGGUUGCUCAGUGACUUCACUGGUGUCAUUGCUAUUUAGAGUACUUCAGCAGAGAAGUUCCAUGCCAUAUUAUUGGUAGAGAACUUCCUCCAUCAACUUGCACAUUGUACCUUCUCAUUGAUUGUAUUCUUACCCUGCACAUGUACAUUUCAUCAGAAAAUGUAAGAGAAAUGAUAUUGAAUUGGCAAACUGAUUGCUGCUGAAUUGGGGACACAGAAAGGGGAAUGUGAGAUUAUUGAGGCUUGCGAAAGACAGAUGGCAGUAGAAAAUGGCAUGGAAAAUCUGAGUAAAAUGCAUUUGGUAAUGCUGUAUGGCCUAUCAAGACCUUGCUGACCAUCAGGCCUCUAUAAACACACAUCCCAUUUUACUCUCCCCACAUUCUCAACUCCACUUCCCCAAAUUCUACCACUAACCUACAUACUGGGACAAUUCACAGUUGCUGUGAAUCUACAUGUCCUUCAGAUGUGCUGAUGCUCCAGUUUCCUCCCAUAUGUUCAAGGUGGAUUUUUUAACACUUUCAUAACCAAGCCAAUCUGUAGUGAAAGUUUUAGCUUAUCCACAUUCCUAUUUUCUGAAGACUAAUUCUUUAGUUUGAGCAUUAGGAUGUAUCAGUCACAUUCAGUCAUUAAAAGUGAUGGAGCAUUUUCCUUCGAUUAUCAGUCAAUACUGCCUUGUUCCUCAAAGUUAUUUGAAUAUGGCAACUAAAAGCAGGAAUAGAUAAUUUAUCUAUGGAGCCUUCGUACUGUUUAUUACAUUCUUGACCAUCUGACUUUGGCUUCAACUCCAUUCCUGCCUGCUCAUUGCAGACUCUGAUUUUCCCUUACUGCAGUCCAAAAAGCUUUCUCAGCCUUGAAUACAUUCUCCACAUUUCUAACCUAAAGAAUAUAAAUGAUGCAUGAUCAUCAGAGCAGAAAUUUCUUUUCAUCUAUGUCUAAGAUGGUAUCCCUUUAAGUGCUGAAACUAUACCUGUCCUAGAUUACUCAGUAAUAUCUUAAAAUAAACAUUUCAGCAUUUACCUGAUCAGAAUAUUAAAAUUAAAUAAGAUGUCACCUCAUUCUAACCUCCAGUGAGUAUCAACCCAACCUGUUCAGAUGUUCCUUAUAAGGCAAAUUCUUCAUCCCAGAAUUGAACCUGAAGAGUUUUCUCCUAUCAUCUCCAGUAUAUCCCUGUUAGUAUUCAAAGCAAGGUCACUGAACUUGUGGCACAAAUAUGUACAAAGGAUAUGAUUUAGUGACCAAUGCAGAAACAUGUUAUAGGGUGGAGAUGAUUGUGAAUUAAAUAUCCAAGGAUAUCGGGUUAUAUGGUAGGAUAGGCAGGAAAGUAAGGGAGGUAGGGUAGUGCUCUUGAUUAAGAGUGAAAUUGUGACAAUAGUGAGAAAUGAUACAAGAUCUAAGGAGCAGAAUGUUGUGCUCAUCUGGUUAGAUAUUAGGAAUAGUUAAGGGGAAGUCUCUGGUGACAGUUGUCUAUAGGCCACCAAAUAGCAUUCAAGAAAUAUUGGAUCCAUGUAAGAAUGGAACAGCAGUUCUCAUGGGGGACUUUAACUUGCAGGUAGAUUGGGCAAAUCAAGGUGGUCGAGGUAACCUUGAGGCGGAUUUCACAGAAUUUCUACAGAUGUACUGUGGAAAGCAUUCUAACUGGCUGCAUCACCAUCUGGUAUGGGGGAGGGUGGAACUGCACAGGAUUAAGCUGCAAAGUUGUGAACUCAGCCAGCUCCAUCAUAGGCACUAGCCUCCUCAGCAUCCAGGACAUUUUCAAGGAGUGAUGCCUCAAAAAGGCAGCAUCCAUCAUUAAGGACCCCUAUCACCCAGGACAUGGUUUCUUCUCAUUGCUACCAUCAGGAAAGAGGUACAGGAGCCUGAAAGUGCACGCUCAACGAUUCAGGAAUAGCUUCUUCCUCUCUGCAUCAGAUUUCUGAAUGAACAUUGAACCCAUGAACACUACCUCACUACUUUUUUUCUCUUUUUACAUGAUUUUUUAAAUAUAUAUACUUAUUGUAAUUUAUAGUUUAUUAUGUAUUGCAAGUACUGCAUAACAAAUAUCACGACACGUCUUAAUCGCUGUGGUUUGUAGAUUUGGUCUACAAUUCACGUUUAUGAUGUGUUCUAGUUCUGGGUCGCUCUUUUCUCUUUUUGCUACUUUUGGGUGAUUUUUGAAUCAGAGUGGCCUGCAGAAUAUGAACACUGAGCUGAUUUGAAAUAUGCCUUUUGAUUUUGUAUUUUAUAUUCUGUGUUUUCACAUGUUUUUGUUUUGUUGCAGUUUCUGCAAUUUUUUGCUCGUGGGGAUGAGUGGGGUUUAAUUAUCUUUGAACAGGUUGAUCUUUUGUUUUGUGGCUGUCUGUGGAGAAGAUGAA